AUGGCGGCGCUGCCUGUAAACAGGGCCGGGGCAGCGCAGGAUGGAGGCCGCGCCUCCAGCACCGUUGGCGGUGGCAGCCGGGGCUCGGCGGGAGCCGCCGUGAAGCCGUUUAAGGUGUUCUUCUCCCCCCCGCUGUUUGUUCCCGCUACCUCGAUGCUGCGUUUGUAGCUUCAUAAGCGGCUGGUUUGGUUCUCGAGUGUGGAGUCUGUGAAGAUGUGUUUUCUCUGCAAGGUGACAAAGUUCCCCGACUGCUUCUGUGUGGCCAUACUGUCUGCCAUGACUGUCUUACCCGGCUUCCCCUUCACGGCAGAGCAGUUCGUUGUCCUUUUGAUCGACAAGUUACUGAAUUAGGAGAUUCUGGUGUCUGGGGCUUGAAAAAGAAUUUUGCUCUGUUGGAACUCUUGGAACGUUUGCAGAAUGGACCUGCUGGGCAGUGUGGGACAGCAGAAGAAGCCAUUGGUCUCUCUGGAGAGAGUAUUAUUCGUUGCGAUGAAGAUGAAGCCCAUGUUGCAUCUGUUUAUUGCACUGUUUGUGCUACUCACCUAUGUGCAGACUGUUCCCAGCUUACUCAUUCUACAAAGACACUAGCGAAACACAAGCGUGUACCUCUUGCUGAUAAGCCUCAUGAGAAGACCAUGUGCUCCCAACACCAAGUGCAUGCUAUUGAGUUUGUUUGUUUAGAAGAGGGCUGUCAGGCCAGUCCUCUUAUGUGUUGUGUCUGCAAAGAAUAUGGGAAGCAUCAAGGUCAUAAGCAUUCUGUCUUGGAACCAGAAGCAAACCAGAUUCGUGCAUCCAUUUUAGACAUGGCCCACUGCAUACGAACUUUCACAGAAGAAAUCUCAGAUUAUUCAAGAAAAUUAGUUGGAAUAGUUCAGCAUAUAGAAGGAGGAGAACAAAUAGUUGAAGAUGGAGUUGGAAUGGCCCAUACAGAACAUGUACCAGGGACUGCAGAGAACGCUCGCUCAUGUGUCCGAGCCUAUUUUUCUGAUCUUCAUGAAACCCUUUGUCGUCAGGAGGAAAUGGCUCUUAGCGUUGUUGAUGCUCAUGUGAGAGAGAAAUUGAUUUGGCUUAGGCAACAGCAAGAAGACAUGACCAUCCUAUUGUCACAGGUUUCAACAGCUUGCCUUCAUUGUGAAAAGACUUUACAGCAGGAUGACUGUAGAGUAGUGUUGGCCAAACAGGAAAUUACAAGAUUGCUCGAGACAUUACAGAAACAGCAGCAGCAAUUUACAGAACUUGCAGAUCAUGUACAGCUGGAUGCUAGCAUUCCUGUCACUUUUACAAAGGACAACAGGGUACAUAUUGGACCAAAAAUGGAAAUUCGGGUUGUCACUCUAGGAUUAGAUGGAGCUGGCAAAACAACUAUUUUGUUUAAGUUAAAGCAAGAUGAAUUCAUGCAGCCAAUUCCAACAAUAGGUUUUAAUGUUGAAACAGUAGAAUACAAGAAUCUGAAGUUUACUAUUUGGGAUGUAGGAGGGAAGCACAAGUUGAGGCCCUUGUGGAAGCAUUAUUAUCUCAAUACACAAGCGGUUGUGUUUGUUAUUGAUAGCAGUCACAGAGACAGGGUCAGUGAAGCACACAGUGAACUUGCAAAAUUGUUAACAGAGAAGGAAUUGCGGGAUGCCUUGCUCCUGAUCUUUGCUAAUAAACAGGAUGUAGCAGGCGCGCUUUCAGUGGAAGAAAUUACGGAACUGCUGAGUCUCCAUAAACUCUGCUGUGGCCGUAGCUGGUAUAUCCAGGGUUGUGAUGCCCGAAGUGGUACAGGACUUUUUGAAGGAUUAGACUGGCUUUCAAGGCAGUUAGUGGCUGCUGGUGUCCUGGAUGUGGCUUAAUUUCAGAACAGUCAUGUUUGUUGUUCACUGUUUUGUUUGCAUGACUUAGGAUGUUGUAACCAGGUCUGCCCUCUGAAGGGGCGAAUUUAUUUAAACUUGAUGGUUACAGAAAAAUACAAGCCUUUAUUCAAGACUGGAUAAUUGGUUCAGUAAACUUGUACAGUUAGUGUUUUUGACAUUUGAUACGUGUACAAGUGAUGAAAUGGGCUAGUUACACAGGGGCCUUGAAAAUUCUUUUUGUUGAAAUUAGGUUGUUAAAACUUAAAGUUCUUCCCUGAUAAAAUAUGCAUUAGAGUUCAUCUAACAAUCAUAAUAAGGUUGUGAAAGUUAAUGUCAGAAAAAUUAUGUGCAGUUUAGAAAUGCUUUCCCAAAAAACUAUUCCAAAAUCCAUCUUAGGUUAUUAGAAUAGUCAGCUCUGGUCAUUAGUCAGAAAUAAAUUAUGCUACUUUUUAAUAUCUUAAAAAAUGCAUUCAGCUAAAGCUGGCAUUGGAAAUUACAUGCAAAUACACUGCAAAAGGAAAAUGCUUCCCCUGUUAUUUAUUAACCUCUCUGUUAGUAGAUGGGAGCAUAAUGGCAAAGAAAACCGAGAAUGGGGAACUAUGUAGUACUAACUGGCUGUGACAUUGUUUAGUUGGUUGUUUUUUUUACUUUUUUUUGUAAGUCUACAGAUGCUAAAUUAUUUAUGGACAGGCUAUAGUGAUGUUAAGGUGAAAAUGUUUUGUGAAUUCUUGAGGACAUAAUCUGCCUUUAGAGAUUAAGUUUGCUCCUCAAGAAGUCAAAUGAAGCUUAAAAAAAAAGGACCACCUUAAAGAAGCAGUGUGGUGUAAUAUCAAUCCACCUAUGUACUCUUAUGUAGAAGCCAAGCUUCCAGAUAAAGGUAGUGGCCUUAAAAUAACAUAAUGUAAAAACGAUGUUCACUGAUUAUAACUCUUACUUACAAAAGCUGAUAGCAAAAUGUGAUGUAAACCUUCUGUAUUAAGAUUUUUAAUUCUUAUGUCUUCUACAGGCAACUGUCACCAAUGCCUCUGUUUUCAAAGGUCACUCAUUCACAAACCCAUGCGAUAUAUGUGUAGCACUGUUUAAAUUUAGAAAAGGUUGUGGUCACUUAGUGGUAUCUCCUUUUCUGCUGCACACGCAGUUCUGUUAACAGUUUUAUCUGACUAGUAUGCAUACAAGAAACUUUGGUCUUCUCCUAAGUGCACAGCCACUGCCAAUUGAAGAAGCCAUGCCACGACCCUCUUCACAUCAGUAAAAGAGCAAGGAAGAGCAUAGCCAAUAGAUCAAAACUGCAGAGCACCUUUUCUUACUGCAGUAGAGGUAAACAGGAAGAAUCACGCAGCGGAAACAAGCAGCGUUGUUGCACAGAUAGGUAGGUAGAUCUUUUUGACACACUGAAAAACAUACUAACCUGUGAAGGCUGUGAAUCUCACCCAGUGAGGAAGAAUAAUCUCAUGGUCUGUGGCUGUGGCUUUUUUGUAUUGUCAGCUUUAUGAUGUUUUCCCACUACGUACUUUAGGUAAGGCCAAGAAUGUAUAAACAAAAAUUUUAGUACAUUUGCACUUUUUUCCAAGAGGAAGUAGUUAAAGAACUACUUCCUCAUAAUGACACUUGUUCAUAGUUUUCUCUUGUUACAUGUGUUUCAUGUAAAUGAUGUUAAAUGCAGCUUCAGUUUAAGCAGGUCUAAUUACUUGAAUAGUAGCUGAAAGAACACUAAGCUUAAAAAUAGUAAUGUUUGUGAAACAAGCUUCAAUGCCUACAUAGGUACUGAGAAGGGGUAGUUACUCUUUCUGCAGAUUACCUGAUUAAUCUAGAAAUAGUUUACAUUGGGCUGAAGGGCAUUUUUUCUGCACCACCGAAC